GAGGCGGAGUCUUGAUCUGUCACCAGGCUGGAGUGCAGUGGCGCAAUCUCAGCUGCAACUUCUGCCUCCCAGGCUCAAGCGAUUCUCCUGCCUCAGCCUCCCAAGUAGCUGGGACUACAGGUGCGCGUGAGCCACCAUGCCCAGCCUGGCCCAGGCUGGAGUGCAGUGGCGCGAUCUCGGCUCACUGCAGCCUCCACCUCCUGGGUUCAAGCAAUUCUCCUGACUCAGCCUCCUGAGUAGCUGGGAUUACAAGUGCGCACCACCAUGCCUGGCUAAUUUUUGUAUUUUUAGUGGAGAUGGGGUUUCACUGUGUUGGUCAGGCUGGUCUUGAACUCCUGACCUCAUGAUCCGCCUGCCUCAGCCUCCCAAAGUGCUGGGAUUCCAGGUGUGAGCCAGGCAGGAGGUUUUUAUCUGACUUGUUUCAAGCUGCAAGUCUGUCUCCUGGGUGGGGUGUUUGCUUUUCACAGAGGAAGGGUGGCCCAGGUUGGGUAGGCUGGAGUAGAGGAUCUGACUGCAUCAGUUCUGGUGUGACCUCUUACGGUUGCCUUACUUUGAUCUCAGAUAAAGCAAACGCACAAAAAUUUGUUUUCUGGGCUUAACAAAACAGGAGUGACCAGUUAGGUCAGAAGACUGGAACAUCAGUGAAAUGGAUGUGUGGUAGGCGGAGGGGAAAGACUUGCUAGAAGCCCUCCCGCUGUGGGGGGCUCCUUCAGAAAUGGCUCUGCCUCUAGCAGCUCUGCCUGGACACUGAGCAGGGAAAGGGUCCCGACACUCAUUAGUAACAGUGGUAAGUCGGAGAACCAGCCCUGAGCCUGUGUCCCCAGCCCUGCCGGGGGCCAAUGCCUACUGAGCACUUCCCACAGGCCAGUUCCUGGGUGAUGAGUUUUACCAACAUGUAUUUCCCUUUUACUUUUGAGGAAAAUGAAGGUGGGCUCAGUCACAGAGCUAGUGCAUGCUCCAAAGCCAGUGUCUUUCCUGUCUCCUCGGUUGGCCUGCCCCAUCCUAGCGAUGUUGUGAAGAUUGGGACUACCUCUAAAGCAGCACACAGUGGCUGUUCAAUAAAUGCUCAAUACUGGUAGGUGCUGUGGGCCAAGGUGGAGAGAAACGGGCCAUCUGGAGCAGGAAGCAGCUGACUGCAGAAGUCCUGUCUGGGCCCCCAGCAGUCUGGGUGACUGAGCAAAUCUUGGAACCUCUCAGUCUAUUUCCCCAUAUUACAUAACACCCGGCUACAAAAGGGUUUUUUUCUUUUUUGAGAGGGAGUCUUGCUCUGUCGCCCAGGCUGGCAUGAAAUGGCACCAUCUUCGCUCACUGCAACCUCCAUCUCCUGGGUUCAAGCGAUUCUCCUGCCUCAGUCUCCUGAGUAGCUGGGAUUACAGGUGCGCGCACCACACCCGGCUAUUUUUUGUAUUUUUAAUAGAGACGGGGUUUCACCGUGUUAGUCACGCUGGUCUCGAACUGCCAACCUCUGGUGAUCCGCCCACCUCGGCCUCCCAAAGUGCUGGGAUUACAGGCAUGAGCCACCACACCCGGCCUACAAAAGGGGUUCUUUUGGGACCCGAUCGUCUAAACUCUUCUCCAUUUGACCCCCUCCAUCACUACUCCACAGCUCACCGGUCUCUUCUCUGUUCCUUAGGUGCCCGUCCUGUCUCCAGGCCUUUGUACAUACCAUUCGUCUUGCCUUGUUUGCCCUGCCCUCACACUUGGCACGUCUGGCACCUCCCCUGCACAUUCUAAGACAGCAUCCUUCCGUACCAUUUGACCCACCCCGUUUUUUCCACCACAGUACUCAUCCAUAUUAUAACCCUUUAUUCACAUUUUGUCUUUUAUCUCAGUCAGGAGGAAGCGAGGGCGGGGGACUCUGUGUUGUUCCCUACCGUACCCUCAGCGCACAGACUGGUUCAGAAAAUACUCGAGAGUGAAUGAGAGAAUGAAUGAAGGAAAAAAUGAGCGGAGGAGGGGUCUUUGGCCGAGCUAAAGAGCCUGGGCGCCGCGGGGGCGGGAAGCUCUAGGCAGUGCUCGUCGCGCACCGCCCCCAGAGUAAAGCGAAUUUCAGAAGAGGGCGUGGGGCCCUGGGCGUGUGUGACCCGGGCCAAGUCCAAGUCCGCAGGAGGCUGCGCGGGAAGCUGCUUAUAGCUACGACCCGCGGCCCCCGGCCUCUAGCCCCACCGCCGCCAGGCAAGGGCAGGGACGCCAGGUCAGUUUCAGGCUCGGGUGCGGCAGCCGGCGACCAAAGGCACUGGGCGGGAGGCCGGAUCCAAGGGGAUACUGCCACGUAGCUGCAGCGGAACCGGCAGGCUCUGCCGCGAAACACACUGGGACUUGUAGUUCUCGGCUCCUCUAGACGCUGUCGCGAGCCCCCAGAUAAAGAGGCGCUUCGCGGUGACGGGGAACUACAUUUCCCAGAAGGCCGGACUAUGUUGGGGGUCACCGGGAAAGCGCCCCGACUGGCGGCACUUACCCGGCGCUAUAGGUCCGGUUCCGGGGGCGCGUGGCUGCAGCGGGGCCCGCGUGGUCCCUCCUGAGGCGGCCCCCGGAUGAAGAGAUCUGGGAACCCGGGAGCCGAGGCAACGAACAGCUCGGUGGCAGGGCCUGACUGCUGCGGAGGCCUCGGCAAUAUUGAUUUUAGACAGGCAGACUUCUGCGUUAUGACCCGGCUGCUGGGCUACGUGGACCCCCUGGAUCCCAGCUUUGUGGCUGCCGUCAUCACCAUCACCUUCAAUCCGCUGUACUGGAAUGUGGUUGCACGAUGGGAACACAAGACCCGCAAGCUGAGCAGGGCCUUCGGAUCCCCCUACCUGGCCUGCUACUCCCUAAGCGUCACCAUCCUGCUCCUGAACUUCCUGCGCUCGCACUGCUUCACGCAGGCCAUGCUGAGCCAGCCCAGGAUGGAGAGCCUGGACACCCCCGCGGCCUACAGCCUGGGCGUCGCGCUCCUGGGACUGGGCGUCGUGCUCGUGCUCUCCAGCUUCUUUGCACUGGGGUUCACUGGAACUUUCCUAGGUGAUUACUUCGGGAUCCUCAAGGAGGCGAGAGUGACCGUGUUCCCCUUCAACAUCCUGGACAACCCCAUGUACUGGGGAAGCACAGCCAACUACCUGGGCUGGGCCAUCAUGCACGCCAGCCCCACGGGCCUGCUCCUGACGGUGCUGGUGGCCCUCACCUACAUAGCGGCCCUCCUAUACGAAGAGCCCUUCACCGCUGAGAUCUACCGGCAGAAAGCCUCCGGGUCCCACAAGAGGAGCUGAUUGAGCUGCAACAGCUUUGCUGAAGGCCUGGCCAGCCUCCUGGCCUGCCCCAAGUGGCAGGCCCUGCGCAGGGCAAGAAUGGUGCCUGCUGCUCAGGGCUCGCCCCCGGCGUGGGCUGCUCUAGUGCCUUGGAACCUGCUGCCUUGGGGACCCUGGACGUGCCGACAUAUGGCCAUUGAGCUCCAACCCACACAUUCCCAUUCACCAAUAAAGGCACCCUGACCCCAA